AUCGGAUGCGCGUUUAGCGGUCAGUUGUUUUGUUUGUAUGAAUUGUCCGGAAGUGGCAAAAUGGUACCGCGCAAGUAUUAUCAGCAUGUGAAAAAAGACCCCGAUAAAAUCAAGUCGAUAUGGAAAGUUUUACACACAACAACUUUCUUGGUUAUCAUCCUCAACUCCCUCCUAUCAGCUUAUAUUUUCGGAGAAAUUCUGAAAAUGUUCAACUACAGAUGUAUUCUACACGGCCAACCCAUAUUCGAUGUCGUGGAAGCAAGAUACAUGAACGAAACACAAAACGAACUGAUAGACUUAAAACCUAUCAUGAAAAAUAACAACGAAUUAAAUGAAACAAAAGUAAAUAUAACAGAGAAUAUCAAAGAAAUGACAGUGAAAGAAGGAAACAAUGAAACUCGUUCACAUAACGGACCGGAAUUGCUAUAUUUAUCUAUAUUCAACACUUCUGAUGAAUCGGUUAAUGUAACUAACGAUAUUACAGAAAAUCUGAAACAUUCGUAUCUUUUUAACGAAACAAUUUGGUACAAAAACGAUUCUUUGUAUGGCAAAGUAGAUGUUAGAAUAAGAGGAAGUGAUUACGGAUCUUCUACUUCUUGUGAUUUAAUAUUGUUCGUGCCUUUAGUAUCUUUAAUAGCAGCCGCUGCUUUUGGGGCUCUUAUUGUACUAUUCGGAAGAGGUCAAGAAUCUGACAGGUCAUGGUUGAUGGUAUAUCCAGUACUGAUAGCAUCCGUUAUAAUGGUGAUUCUAUAUAUAAUUUCAACCAUUUCUAUGAAACAGGGUUUGGAAAAUUUUUGUUCCAAGUUUCAACAUUUUACUGGAUAUUUUGCUUGUUCCGCUUAUAUGGGAUACUUUUCCUUUCAUAACCAAGAGAGUAUUCGAGAUUUCUGGUCGAAUUACACGAUAUGUUACUAUUCCUACAUAACAUCAAUAUUUUUAUGGACAACUCAAUUGGCUGUAACAAUUUUAAGAUUAGCUACUAUGGCCGAUUUUCAAUUUGUUACGGUAUCAGUUAACACAACAGAUAUUAAUACUAACGAAGUACGUAGACAAAAAAUUCAAAAAGCGCUUAAAAGUUCAGGCUUAAGACCGGCUGCUGAUCUGUUUCCUAGCGAAGAAGACAUGUUUGUUAGUGAAGAAAAUGUCGCAUAUACACACGUUUGAUCUAAGCUGAUUACACAAGUGAAGCUUUAAAAAUAUUGGAACUGGAAAUACGGAAAAAAUUUCAAUAUAAUUCUAUGCAAGCUUCAAAGUUCCAUUUUUAAACUACGUAAUCUGAUCAAAUUUGACCCGGACUAGGGCAUUUGAAUUGAACGCGUAAAUCGAAUCGGUUACCUCUUUUCCCUAGGGCCGAGCCAUUACUGGGGUACAUGGCACCCGGGCGGUACUAACACAGGGGGCGGCAAAAGGCAAAAUGUCUCUGAAAAAAAUAACAGAACCCCAUCAUGCAAAAAAUAUUUAGUCGCAAAGCGCAAUGUGCAACAAUACCAAAAUAGUACGUUGAGCGUUCGGGCGAAUCGAGAGGCGUAAAAAAGAUAAUAAAUAAGUAAUAAUAAAGAAUAAGCCGCAAAAACGACAGAAUAUAUUAAUAGGUACUUUUCUAUCCGACUAGACUAGAAAUUCACCUCAUAUCUCGCCUCAAUAAUCAAAUAUCGACUAGGUACGCUAAUAGAGCGGCAUAUUUUGUUCUUGCACCCGGGCGGCCGAUACCCUAGGCUCGGCCCUGCUUUUCCAUAAGUUGGUACAAUCAUUUUUGAUGUUUGUGUGAAAUUUGUGCAUAUCUCAGUUAGUGUGUCUUUGUCAUCUGUUUGUUUACACUACGACAAUGGAAAAAAAAUUGAGCGGAGAGUUUGCUUGAAAAUUUGUGUUUUCAAUAGAACGGCUACAAGAUCUUUGAAAAUGUUUUGGGAAGCCUACAUUAUCGCGAACGCGAGUUCAUCGAAAGUCGUUGUGUCGUUGAAAACUGCCUCAUACGUGUCGCCAUCUAUUAACGUAGAUAAAAUUAAGAAACAUCUGUAGGUUGUAGUGUUCAAGAAAGACGUACCUUGGUAGUUAGUUCCACAGGCUUGCACUUCUCCAAAGAAAGGAAUCCCGAUAAAUUAUAGUUUAUUUCAGAAAGGUAUAGAGUAAUAACAUCUCAUUAGGUAUUCAAAGGGACCACAGAGUGACCCAACGAAUAUUUAAACCACUUUCAUAAUUUGGCAUUUAUUUCAUUUUAAAUUUUUUUUUAGCAAGUGCAGGUAGUACCACCCGUGUUGGGGUCAAUAUAUGGGUUUAGCCUAUUGUUAUCCAUUCACAAAUACUGAAAAUAAUGUGCCAAAGGUAGGAUACUCGUAAAAAGUAAAUAAUUUUAUUUUAUCAAAAUAAAAAUUAGGUAUUAUGUACAUAGUAUUAGUUACACUUCUUUCUUAUUGAAAAAUCAUAAUAUUCUUCGUCAUCUGAGGAACUGUUAUCUCCUCUUGACGUUAUAAUUAACGGGUCGACGGUCCGAUCAAUCGAAUAAUCAAGUUCCCACAUUUUCUCCUCUUCUUUAUUGACAUGCUGGACUACCAAUUCUCUGAUGUCACCGCAUUAAUGGCUUGAUCAAACAGUAGCUUAACGUCUUUCAUUUUGAAUGUCGUGUUGUGUCUUGCUACAAAUCCUUUCACUUGCGCCCAUAUAAGUUCUAUAGGAUUCAGUUCGGAAUGAUAUGGCGGUGUGCGCAGCACAGUUACAGUUUUUCUGCUAUAUCUUCCACGGCGUGUUUCAUAAAACGAUGUUCAAAUUCAAUUCUUUUGGUGAUUAACCAGUCAAUAAUUUCUUGUUUUCUCCAAGAUGAAGUUGGAGCCUUCCCUAUGCGUCGAGAAUGAUAACUUGGGUUAUCCAUAACUACUACUGAAUCAGCCGGAAGAUAUUUUAUCGUUUCACCAAAAUAGUCUUCAAAAACAUCCGAAUCCAUGUCCUCGUGGUAAUAUCCCGUAUGGCACGACUGAAAGGUUAGCAAACCUUCUUUUCAAAAUCCCUCUUCGCUUCCAAUAUGGACGAUUAUUAGUCUUUUCCCUUUAGCUGAAGGCACCUUAAUGCCCGUUGACAGGCCUUCCAUGAAAGCUUGGCAAGCUCUGGUUAUAUUUUUGUCUUACCACAUUUUUGGUACUCUAUAACCUUCAUUAAUCUACGUCUCAUCAAGAUAAAAACUUUCGCUUUCGAGUAAAAGUGCUUUACGGUUAUGCUUUUCCCGGGCAAAAUCCAUAUUUAUAAAGGUGGUCCAUAAAAGUUUUUUAGUUAUCAACGGAAUACUGUCAUUCUGGCCAAGCUCCAUUAAAAUCUUAUCUAGGGUGGGUAUUUCUUUUUUAAAAUCAAAAAAGAGUAAUUUUUUCUUCGAAUUACACUUUUGGUGUCUUCAUCAAGGACUUUUACUGGUCUGCCUGGACUUUUCUUGGGAGGUUCCACUUGGCCUGCUAUCUUUCUUCCCCCCGCCUCCAAUAAUUAAGAAACGGUGGACUUUCCAACUCCAGUCAUUCGGGAACAUCGGUCGACAGUUUUUCAUUUACUGAUAAUGGAGAAUUAUUGGUAUAAGUGUCGCCAUUUUAUUACUAAUCUUAUAACACUGUGAACACUAUUUACGGCUUAACAGCAAAUACUGAUGCGUUAAACUAAACUUAUAAAGGUCUAAAAAUUUUGAGUAAGGCACCGUUGCCCUUACGGCGCAUGGUUAAGCCGAAUCUGUAAUAGGGUUGGAAUUAGGCAGAGGCACUAAUAGAAGGUUAAACGGUACCUGUUAAACGCAAAAGGUAACUGUAUAAUCUACUACCUAAGUAAUCCCUACACAAUAUUUCAAGACCUACAACUAUGACCGACACCGAAAUUGAGCCAAACUGGACGGAAUUCCUCAUUUUAUUGCUCUAUACCUUUCUGAAAUAGACUAUAACCUCACUCCAAAAUGUUUUCAAGGACGGUAAUAAGGGUAGGGAUCUAUUGCUGUCUACGGAUUUUGGUUUUAUUUAGCCGAGUUUAUUAGGGCGGCUGAUUUGAACGACGACACCAGUAAGCUAUCAUCGGUGAAGAUCGUUGGUGUACAGGAAAACGAGAAUACCGUACGAUCUUAAUUUAUUUAAAGGUUUGGCAUGCCAAUCACUGUCAAAAGCCUUCGAUGUGUCCAGAGUGAUUGCUCUGAAUUCCACAUAUUGCUCUACAGCUUCAGUCCAAACGCUGGUGACAUAAACCAGGAGAUCCUCGGUUGAUCUAUGUAUACGAAAGCCGUAUUGAUGGUUGUUGAUGAUGUUAGCAGACUCAAGAUAUCUAAAUAUUUGCUAAUUAACGACUUUCUCCAUAACCUUGACUAUGGCUUGAAAUAAAGCAAUCUAGCGAUGUUCGUCAUUUUCUUCUAUCACCGUGUUGUGGUUCGUCAUAAAAUCGUUCCAGAGGAUAAAAGUGUCAAUAAAUAGUACUACCUGGCCGUAUUGACGCGUCUACGUGAAGCAGUUCAUCGUAAGCGACCCGAUUUGUGAGCAGAUAUAGCAUUGAAACACAUAAAAAUGUUGUUUUCUUUAGUGGCUAGUCCAGGUUAAAUUUGAUCACAUGAAGAGACAAAUAUUUUCAUAUAUUGGAAACACACUUGUAAAUGUUAAUUUUCGUUUUUGUGCAGUUUUUGUAUAAGUAGUUCCCGUUGUUUCCAGAAAAAGUAGUUUAAAAUUAUAAGAUUUCGAAAUAUGGGUGGCUAAUCUAUCGAUGGACUAUCAGUCUGAUUCAUAUUCGCUCACCUCACAGCUCUGGAUAAUGACUUAAACAUUAAUCUAACUAGAAAAUUAGAUUUGAAAAGUAAUUCGUGAAUAGCACACCACAAAUCUCUAAAAUAAGUGGACCAAUAAUUAGUUCUAUUAGUAUCCCACAGGGGACGUUGAUUUUUAGGUAAAUACUAAAUUGCCCAAAAAAUAAGGUUCCCAACGUAUUUACAUAAUGGAAAAUACGUUUAUAUAGACAACUUUCGAAAGCUUAGACUUUCCUCUAUUUUUUGACAUAAUCGACGUUCAGAUCAAUGCAUUUUGCAUACGUGAGUCGUAGAAGUUUGCAAUCGCGCCGUAAGGAUAGCUUAAAACCCCUGCUUUCAGCUCGGUGGUGAAAUGAAUCUCUCGUAAGAGUUUGUUUAAUUCAGGGAAGAGAUAGUAAUCACUGGGGACCAAGUCCGGGCAGUAUCUCAUUCAAAUCUGUACAUCCGUCUUUAAAUUCUCUGCACCAUUUGCGCACAUGUUGCACUCAUAUACUUUUCCCCAUACACCUCAUACAAUUGGGAAAUGAAUGUUCACCAGAGGGACAUUUUUCAGAUCGCUAUACAUGAAUAUCGCGACAGCAAUCACUUGCGUAGUAUCUGGUGCCAAGGGUGGAUGGUUUAUACGCCGACUUUGCCAAGUAUAUACAUCCCUGGGAUGUUCGAGGUCGAUGAACACGAAUAUCACCACAGAAAGAAUAUACCAGCUUCUUAGUAUAGCAUAGCAAGUAUGCCUCUAGGUAACUGGCUCAUUUUUUUAAAUCCCCUCGCAGGUUAUCGUCGUCGUCUUCAGCGAUCUCGAAAAUGUCAGGUUAUAUAUUUAUUUACGUAGAUAUAUAAGAUACUUUCAGAACAUCUCAUGAACUUAUGGUGAUGUUGUUGAAAAUUUAAAAUUAUGUCCAAAAUCAAAAUCGAAAUGGCGAAAGAAUAUAACAUCAAACAUAUACAAAAAAUACUCAUACUCAUACUCAAUACUCGUCAGGAACAAGACACCAACAGCAUCUGUAUUAGGUUAAUACAUAAGCUUUUAACACGUUCACGGACAGUAGAUGCCAUACGGCGUUUGAUCGAGUUCUGUAAACUGGAACUGGAACAGUACUCCUUAUGGCGUCAAAAUUUCUAUCAAGACUAAAUUUUCAUAUAGUUUAUAGUUUCAGCCGAAGCUACCGCCACAAAAGGAACAAAUCAAUAAAAUCUAGUGUCCCGUUUAUAGACUGUACCCUCUCCAAUGUGCGGAUCCCACGUGUUUUCGGUAGACAGGUAUUUUCCCGCGCACUGUCGACAUCCGGCGUUCAGUUCACAAAAGAACUUCUUAUACUAAACAGUUACUGUCGUAUUCUGAAUAGGUGGUUUUUAUUUUGGAGAAGUUUGGUGGUUUGUGAUGUUUUUUUGAUCAAGAAGGUGAGUAAGAAAGGAAUAAAAGUUUAUUUGUGAUUUUAGUGCGGUAUCUUAUGGUAAUUUUUAGUACUGUUUUUUUCACUUUUUAUGAUUAAUAAACUUGAUUUAGAGCACAUGAAAUUGUCUUUGCUGCAUAUGUACUUUGUAUAUACUCUUGCUUAUUGUCAUCGUACUCACAUUCAUGCAUUUCUCGAUGGAUGGUGAGGGAAUCUCCAACGAUCCAUAUGAAAAACAGCAACGGAGAUUGAGGCGUUUGUUAAAAGAAAUAACGUCAGGAGAACAAGAAGAGGAACUUGAGGACCCAUUUGAAGACGAUGGUUCAGAUGAAAACUAUGAGCCUAGCGAAAUUUCUUCUGAAUCUGUAGACGAACGAAUCUCAUCUGAAGAAAAUAAACCAAGUGACAAGCAAAAUAGUGAUCUUGAUAUUUCUUCAACAUCACCAGCACCACAUCUGCAACCGUCUGUAGGCAAUCUCAUCAAAAUAUGGCAGGACGCAUAUCUGGGUCGAGUAAUGGGGGAGUGACUAAAAUGUUAUUUUCUAGUCUUCUAGUUAUAAGACAACCUAUACACAUAAAGAUAGACCUUAAAACACGGAGACUCCAUGGGACUACCUACUGCCAUUAAAAUCAUAAUCAUCUUCCAGGUACUGUCAAUGAACGUGUUAAAUAAUGAAAUUGUGAUUAAAAAACAAUAUCCACAGUUAAAGACGAUCUUUGAAAUUAGUAGAACUGCACAAACGCAAUUCUUAUUCAUAAUUUUUGUUCACAAAGUUUCCUGGGGCUCUCCCGAAUGGAAUGCAUUUUCUUGCAUCUUGUGGAUUUAUAAACUCUGACGUUCGCGCUCGCGCUAACGCUCACUAUGAUGUUACGUUCGACUUCACAUUGCCUAGGCGUUGGAACGUAAGCGGGAGCGUGUGGGUUUAUAAAUCACACUUCGUAAUCUGUUGAAUUUAUGUUGAACGCGAACGAUGGCGCCAACGCCAACGUGUGAGCGAAGAAGUUUAUAAAUUGACUUUUACUAUAAAUAUCGAUGGAUAUUUGAUUUAAUAAAAAAUCGGUAACUGACAACAUUUUCAAUCUGUGUUUCCAGUCACACAAUAUGUUACAAAUUCUAGUUCGUAGUGUAAAUUAUAAAUUAUUUGAAUCUAUAUAUUUUUUGUAAAUUGCUGCGAAAAGCUUAAAGUGCACUUAUACCAUUGUAUACUUAAAAAAACGUGAGGUUUGAGGCGUUUCUUUUAUAAAAUAGUAUUUUGAAGUAGCCCUAAUUAAAAUACUUUGAACCUAUGAACUAGCAUGAAAAGUUUCACCCCCUAUUGUAGCCAUUCGAUUUGUAUUAGUGCUAGUUUUUGGGGCGAAAUAACAAGUAUUUCAAGCAAGUCAUCGAAAAUUAGGCAGUGCGGAAAUAUUUACCGCACAAUAUACGAGGAAUGAGUAAAAAAUACGGUGAAAUAUAUUGUUUAAAACAAAAUAAAACUAAUAUAAAAUUGGAAUUAUUUUUAUUUGAACUUUAAAUUCGCGACUUGAAGCUUUUCUCUGGUCUGACGACAUAUUGUUUAUUUUCGGAAAGAAUCAAACCCGCAUCAUGCUCUUACAAUUAUUGAAAACAAUGACUAUGACCUGGAUGUUCGACUAUGAUGGGUCUUUUGAGGGUGAAUCACUGGUUUUCCAUUGAAACUUUUAUAACAGCGGAUCCAAAUUUCAUCUACAGUUACAAUUUUGAAUAGUACUUUCCACGGAUACAUACGAUCUUGUAUAAAUAAUAAUCAAUCAAUUCGAACGAACUAUUUUCACAUUUUCAUCUGUUUUUUGAUUAAGAAGCUCUCAACGAAACUUUUAAGACUUUCGGAUUUUUGUCUCUAUAACAAGUAGCACAGGAAGAAGGAAGAACAGGAAAAGGAAUAAAGUGGAAGAGUAAAGUAGCAAAGGAUCGGAAAAAGUGGAAGAAAUGGAUGAAAGGAGAGUGAAAACUGUAAUCCCAAUACCUUAACGCUCGAAAGGGUAUAAAGGGUUCUAGUAAAAAGGAUAAUUUUUGUCGAAGGGUCAGCAAUAACAAGAAGAAAAUACGAUUUUCGAUUUGUUCAUCAGCUUGAAAUCUCGGAAUAAAUUUGGUUAGGUUAGAUUUGAAGUUUAAGCUAAUCGCACGUUUGAACGGAGAAGUUUGUCCAGUACAUUUUCAUCUAUUUUUUGAGUUAGAAGAACAUCUGACUCAACUCCUCUUCUAAUUCGCUCACACCACUUGUGAGCUUCUCGCCACUUUUUGUAAUAAUAAAUUUUAAUACUUGUUCAAAAUUAAUGUUUCAUGACAGGAUUGAACUCGGAAUAGGUUCAAAAGUGAGGUUAUUAUACAUAUUUGUUGAAAUAGAUUAAGCGUAAUGGCUGUUAUAAAUAUUUAUUCACGUAUUUUCUUAUCACAAUUGUUUGAGAUAUAAGAACUUGCAACAAUAUUUCUUAUACGUUUGUCCCAUUACCAUGUAGCUUAUGUUGAUUUAUUUUUUAUAAUAUAUUAUUGUAAUGUAUAAUAAAA